AUGACUAUAAAAGUGAGAGAGAAAUUUGACAAGUAUUGGAGCGAAUAUAGUAUAGUAUUAGCCUUCGGGGCUAUAUUAGAUCCAACCAAAAAGCUAAAAAAAAUUUCAUUUGCAUAUAAACAAGUUGAUCCAUUAGAAGCUGAAGAGAAAUUGAAGAUUGUCAAGAAUGAUUUGUCAAGAUUGUAUAAAGAAUAUGUUAAAAAUGGUAGUCAUUCUUCUAAUACAAGACAUUCAGAACAAGUUAAUUCUUCAUAUGGAGGAAGCAAUGCAAAGAUGCCACAAUCAUUGUAUGUAUGUGAAGAAUUUGAAGAGUAUGAAAGCCAAAUAGUUAGUGUCGCGGGAACAUCCGAACUUGAUGUUUAUUUAUCCGAGCAAAGGCUUCCAUCCUCAAUUGGUUUUGAUAUAUUAGAUUUUUGGAAGGAGAGAAGUCGAAGAUGUCCCGAUCUUGCAAAGAUGGCUUGUGAUGUAUUAAGCAUUCCAAUAACCACGGUGGCAUCAGAAUAUGCUUUUAGCAUUGGUGCUCGAGUUUUGAACAAGUAUAGAAGCUCUUUAAAAGAUGACACCGUUCAAGCUCUCAUGUGCGCACGUAGUUGGCUACAUGGUUUUGUAGAAUAUGAUAUUGGCAGUGAUGAAGAUAAAGAUAAGUGUGAAGUCAUUCGUCAAGAAAACCUCGGAUUUUCUGAUGGAACAAAUCAAUGA